CUACAACGCGCUAAGGUACACUCCAGACCAGCUCAACCAUGCGGCCAUGAAAACAUUGGACGUCUUGUGAUAGCGGCCGUGGAAGUACUUAUCACGCGCCUAUUGACAGAAAGUUGUCUCCGCUUCCUCGGGAUGCCUGAGUGCUAUCUGCUCUACUCCGGUUUUUAGCUUGUCGGCGUUGAUCGUCUCCACCCCGAAACCCUGUUCCGAACUGCGGCGCACGUCAUGAUCUAGCAGCCCAGCCUGUUCCACAGUCCUCCACGUACACACCACAACAACACCAGCAUCGACGAUAGUGAAACAACUUGAGGCCCCUAGAAAAACUAGAAGCCAUGAGAGAGACGAACCUUCAUAGGGCUCGUAUUAUUUCGAGCAUCGCCGCGACGGCGAUAUCGCUAGCAUGCGGUACCAACUAUGUCUACAGCGCGUGGGCGCCACAAUUCGCCGACAAGCUCCGUCUUUCGACGACGCAGAGCGAGCUCAUUGGCGUAGCUGGUAACUUGGGCAUGUACACGAUGGGCGUCCCGAUCGGUUGGGUCAUCGACCGCAACGGUUCACGGCCAGCAGUAUUACUAGGUUCCACUCUGCUUGGUAUCGGCUACUUUGGCCUCAAAGUCGCUUUUGACCAGGGUGACGGAUACGUACCGUUGUUGUUCAUUCUCAGCUACCUAACAGGUUUUGGUGGCUGCAUGGCGUUUGCUGCUUCCGUGAAGACAUCGGCUCUCAACUGGCCUCACCAUCGCGGUACAGCUACUUCGUUUCCAUUGGCUGCCUUUGGUCUGAGCGCCUUCUUCUUCUCAAUGUUUGGAGAGAUUGCGUUCCCGGGGGACACGAGCGCCUUCCUGCUUGUCCUAGCGGUGGGGACCAUCGGUCUGACCUUUGUGGGAUUCUUCUUCUUGAAAGUGUGGCCACAUCCGCAUGCGGAGCAUCAUCGCCACAACCAUGCGGGUGAUAGCGACGGCGAAUUCGGUACCCCGUAUCAAAGUGUCCCCGGUGUGUUACUGACCGACUCUACGGAGCUGAGGCGGACAACCCCUGCUUCUUCUCGCGAUCGUUUUGUUGCCAAAACUUCUAGUGCCCAUACUGAUGAAGAAAUAGGCUCAAACAGUAGCGAACAGAACCAUGUAGUGGUCGCAGAUGGAGAAGGCAAUGUUAAUAAUAACUUGGUAACGCACCCAAAGAAUUUGGAUACGGACGGUCCUCAACGAGUCGAUGAGGAAGCCGCCGAUGAGACUUCGUCUUUGAUGUCCCGCCCGUCGACUGCUUCUUCAUUGCCUGGAGAGGUGCUUGUUCAGGCUAUAGACCUCGACCGCUCUCAUCGAGUUGAUAUUCGCGGUUGGACCUUGCUGAAGAACACAGAGUUCUGGCAACUUUUCUCAAUCAUGGGUAUAUUGGCCGGAAUCGGACUUAUGACAAUCAACAACAUUGGACACAACACAAAUGCCCUAUGGAAGCACUACGACGAGUCCGUAAGCGAGGAGUUUCUGAUUGGCAAGCAGCAGAUGCAUGUCUCAAUCCUCUCCGUUGGUAGCUUCUCAGGAAGGUUAUUGAGUGGGGUCGGAUCGGACUACCUCGUCAAGAACCUAAAAGCCAGCAGAGUCUGGUGUCUGGUUAUCUCAGCCCUUGUCUUUUGCGCGGCUCAGAUUUGUGCUUUGACCAUCACAAACCCCCACUUCCUUUUAUUCAUAUCAUCGCUCUCGGGGCUGGGAUACGGAUAUGCCUUUGGGGUAUUCCCUUCGAUCGUAGCCGAGUCGUUCGGGAUCCACGGUUUGUCGCAGAAUUGGGGUUUCAUGACUUUCAGUCCGGUCCUGUCGGGAUGGAUAUUCAACUUUUUCUACGGCCAAGCGUUCGAUGCACACAGUGUCGUCGGUCCAGGAGGCGAGAGGACCUGCCUGGAAGGAAUCGAAUGCUACCGUCCUGCGUACUUUUUCACAUUGGGGGCAUGUGGGCUAGGCCUACUGGUUUCAUUGUUCGUGAUCAGGCACCAGAGACUGCAGAAGCUGCGAGAGGCGGCACGUGGGCUAGGAGGUGAGUAGGGGAAUGGGUACAUUCGAGGCCAGCUUUUGAAAUGACACAAGAGACCACUUUUAUCUUGUAAACUAGCAUUGGCAGGGAGUUUUUGGAGACGCAUUUGUUUGUGUGCAACUUGGACACAUUAUUUGUAGUGCAUGGCAUUUAGAACAUCAGCAUAGAGCGAGCAAAUAAACAAGAGUACGGCCAACCUCUUCUCCGGUUCUGAAAUGAUGGCAUACCGAUACCCGUCGUUUUGAUUUUCAAGAUGGGGCCGUAUGUACGGCUACAUUAAAUCAUGAGUCAACAAACCUGACACGGAAAAAGAGAGAUAAAUAAUGCCGAGCUCGGUAAAUAUGUGACCUUGCAAAAUUUUCGCAACUUAGCUGUCCUGCGUAGGAUUCGUAUACCGAACCCGAUUCGCAUCGUACCGGGGACUCGCUUCGGUUUAGGAUGGAUUAGUCUCUUGGCUCUCUUGAGUAAUGCUAGAAGUAGAUAGUAGUAUUAUGGUAGACUUGUUUAUUGACUUUUGUUUUUUCGACGCCAAUACUGGGGACCUCAUCAGCCGAGAGACGCCGACUCCUUC